AUGGGCACAAUCUGCCACCGCACCACACCACUUGACUCUCCCACUGCACUGUCCAAAAGCUCAACACCAAGUCCCCCGGAAUGGGAAAAAUGGAUCGGUGGAAGAGGAGCCAUCCGAACAGCACCCACUGCUGCUCUGGAGGUUAUUCUGGGCUUACCUCCGCUCCCGCUUUACAUUAAAGCGGAGGCGGGUAUGACAGCAUUUGGACUGCGAUCAGCAGGUACAUGGAAGGUGGGCUGCCAUCCAGUGGGUCAUAUGAGCAUAAUUGACUCACUUAUUUGUAGGUAUCCUAAUCUUCUAAUGAGGGAUGAUUUUCAGUUACGGAAAAGAUUGCCUCAAAGGAACUUCAAACCCAUACUUCACUCGAGGGCUGAAUGGAGAGAAAGCGCGGGGGAGAUUAUCGAACCCGGUAUGAUUGCACUCUUCACUGAUGGCUCCCGGGUAGAAGGAUCCUCCGGCGCCGGUUACUAUUGUCCAGAACUCGGACUUAGUGGAUCGAUGCCUCUUGGCCGAAAUACCACUGUAUUUCAAGCUGAGAUCACAGCAAUUUUGAUCGGAAUUCGGAGCCUCAUUGAGACCGAUAUUCCUGACAAACAAAUAAGUAUAUUUUCUGACAGUCGCACUGCCCUAUUAUCCAUUUCUGGAUACAAUUCCCGUUCAUCGCUGGUGCUUGAGUGCCGAGAAAUGAUAGAAAUGGUCUCGCACAACCGUGAGGUCUUUCUUCAUUGGGUACCAGGGCACUGUGGGAUAGCGGGAAACGAGGAGGCGGAUCGCCUUGCGGUGGCAGGGGCGAAAACCGGUUUCAUCGGACCCGAACCUGCCGUCGGAAUAUCCCCCCAGAUGUGGAAAACCAUCAUUAAGGAGGAUCUACUGUCACAGCAUCAAACGGUCUGGGCGGGUACAGAAAACUGUCGUGUAUCCAAACUGUUCAUGCCAAGUGUGGAUAGUAAAAGGUCAGAGUAUCUGGUGGGCAGCAACCGCUGCAAAGCGCGGCAGUUUGCUAUUCUUCUCACCGGACACUGUCUAAACAAACACCUCAACAGAUUGGGUAUACAGUGUAACACGAUUUGUAGAGGAUGUAAUAGCACUGAGGAAACUGUCCUUCAUGACGUAUGUGACUGUCCCAGUCUGUAUAACACAAGACGAGCACUCCUGGGUAAAGCGGUACUCGCUUGGGAAGAACUACCUAAACUAAAGCCGGCUCGUGUGAUGGAAUUCAUCCGGAAGACUGGCUGGCUAGGGUGCAGACGGCGAGCUGGAAGGGACGAGAAGCAUGUGGACAGUGGAGAUGGAGAGGCUGCUGCUGGAGGCGGUGCCGGGAGCGGUAGUGGAACUGGAAGGCGCAUGUAUUGA